AUGGAGGACGGUCGUGGUUAUAGAUUGGUGGUGCCGAUUGACCUAAAAAAGAAGCCAUGGGAACAGAAACUCCCAUUGCACAACAGAUGGCAUCCCGAUAUACCUCCCGUAGCAGAGGUCAGAACUGGAGAGGUGUUUAGGGUGGAGAUGGUGGAUGCUACUGGAGGUGGCAUAACAAAAGAGUACACUGCUGAAGAUGUCAAACACGCAGAUUUUUCUUCUGUGCAUUACCUUAGUGGGCCUAUUAGAGUUGUCGACGUAGAUGGGAAACCAGCAAAGCCUGGUGAUCUUCUUGCUGUUGAGAUUUGUAAUUUGGGUCCUCUACCUGGGGACGAAUGGGGAUUUACUGCAAUAUUUGACAGGGAGAAUGGAGGUGGAUUCCUCACUGAUCAUUUCCCUCGUGCAACCAAAGCCAUGUGGUAUUUUGAGGGAAUAUAUGCUUACUCGCCACAUAUACCUGGCGUAAGAUUUCCUGGUCUAACGCACCCUGGAAUAAUUGGAACUGCACCUUCAAUGGAACUGCUCAAUAUAUGGAAUAAGAGGGAAAGGGAACUUGAAGAAACUGGUCUUCAAUCUCUAAAAUUGUGUGAAGUGCUGCAUUCACGGCCAUUAGCAAACCUGCCAUUAACAAAGGGAUGCCUCCUUGGAAAGAUUGAGAAAGGAAUGCCUGAAUGGGAAAGAGUUGCAGAGGAGGCUGCAAGGACAAUUCCUGGAAGAGAGAAUGGAGGAAACUGUGACAUCAAAAAUCUCAGUAGAGGUUCCAAAGUAUACCUUCCAGUUUUUGUGGAAGGAGCAAACCUUAGUACCGGGGAUAUGCAUUUUUCACAAGGAGAUGGUGAAGUUGCAUUUUGUGGUGCAAUCGAGAUGAGCGGUUUUCUAGAACUCAAGUGUGAAAUCAUUAGGGAUGGGAUGAAAGAAUACCUCACCCCAAUGGGGCCAACUCCUCUACAUGUCAACCCCAUUUUUGAGAUAGGCCCUGUUGAGCCAAGAUUCUCAGAAUGGUUAGUAUUUGAGGGCAUUAGCGUCGAUGAGAGCGGGCGACAACACUUCCUCGAUGCUACCAUUGCUUACAAGCGUGCAGUGCUUAAUGCUAUCGACUAUCUGUCCAGAUUUGGAUACACGAAAGAACAGGUCUAUCUUCUACUCUCAUGCUGUCCCUGUGAAGGAAGGAUUUCAGGAAUAGUUGAUUCUCCCAAUGCUGUUGCCACUCUUGCAAUUCCGACUUCUAUCUUUGACCAGACGCCAUCGCAACUAUCUUCUCUCGGCCGCGGGCCCGCAGUUUAUGUACCUGAAACACUGGCGCAGAAGAUAGGAAAAUCUAUCCGCCGUCCUGGCGCCCCAUCCAAGGCUCGGAUCUAUACCGACGUCAAUGUUAUCCGCCCUAAUGAGUAUUGGGACUACGAGUCCCUUACAGUUCAAUGGGGGGAGCAAGAUGAUUACGAGGUGGUGAGGAAGGUAGGAAGGGGGAAAUAUAGCGAGGUGUUCGAGGGAAUGCACGCCAACAAUGAGAAAUGCAUUAUCAAAAUCCUUAAACCUGUAAAGAAGAAAAAGAUUAAAAGGGAGAUUAAAAUAUUACAGAAUCUUUGCGGCGGGCCAAAUAUUGUGAAGUUGCUGGAUAUUGUUAGAGAUCAGCAAUCAAAGACACCAAGUCUUAUAUUUGAAUAUGUGAAUAAUACAGAUUUUAAAGUGCUUUAUCCUACACUUUCAGACUUCGAUAUUAGAUAUUACAUCUAUGAGCUUCUAAAGGCUCUAGAUUACUGCCAUUCUCAAGGUAUCAUGCAUCGGGAUGUGAAACCUCAUAAUGUCAUGAUUGAUCAUGAGCAGCGGAAACUUCGGCUUAUAGAUUGGGGACUUGCGGAGUUUUACCAUCCUGGUAAAGAGUACAACGUUCGUGUUGCUUCUAGGUAUUUUAAGGGCCCUGAGCUUCUUGUCGAUUUGCAAGAUUAUGAUUACUCCUUGGACUUGUGGAGCCUCGGUUGUAUGUUUGCUGGAAUGAUUUUUCGUAAGGAGCCUUUCUUUUACGGGCAUGACAAUUAUGAUCAACUGGUCAAGAUUGCCAAGGUAUUGGGGACAGAUGAGUUGAAUGCUUAUCUUAACAAGUAUCGGUUGGAAUUGGACCCACAUCUUACUGCUCUUGUUGGAAGGCAUAGCAGAAAGCCGUGGACAAAGUUUAUUAAUGCUGAUAAUCAGCAUUUGGCUGUUCCGGAGGCAAUAGAUUUUGUUGACAAACUGUUGCGAUAUGAUCAUCAAGAGAGGCCUACUGCGAAAGAAGCAAUGGCUCAUCCCUAUUUCUACCCGAUAAGGAAUGCAGAAAGUAGCAGAACUCGUGCACAUUAA